AUGCGAGCAAACGAAAUAGUGGGACGUGAGGAAGGAAGUGGUAGACGAAUAAAACUUAUUCUUAGGCAUCAUUCGGUAUUUCAUCAUCAUUCCUUUUUUUCUUUUCUUCUUCAACUACAUUUCCUUCUUCUUCGUUGUUUAUUUCUUCAUUUCCCUAAUUUUUUCUCUCCUAUUUUCUUUUCCUUCUUUUUCUUCCUGUAUAAUUGUCCUUUUUUAUUUCAAUGUUUUCCUCUUUCACUCUAUUUUACGUCCCUCUUCCUCCUCCUCCUCCUCCUCCUCCUCCUCUUCUUCUUCUUCUUACCACUCCUGCUGCUGCUACUCUUCUUCUUCUUACUCCUCUCCCCGCCACUUACUUCUGCUACUGCUGCUUCUACGAGUCCGUCUCCUCCUUUUUAUCUUUAUUUUUUUCUUCUUCCUUUUAACUCUUCUUUUUCUUCUUCUAUUGCUGCUCCUCUUUUUCUACUGCACCCUUUCCCCUUUCUUUCUUCUUCUUCUUCUUCUUCUUCUUCUUCUUCUUCUUCUUCUUCUUUCCACAAUUGCUGA